AUGCCUCCCAAAGGCGCAAAACCUACCAGCGAUGAGCUGCUAGCUCAGUUUGACAACCUCGGCAUCGAGCAGUCGGCCAACAAGUCGUCGAAAUCCGCAGCAGCAGCCACCGCUGACGACAAUGCAAAGGGCGAGCAGGAAGACGUCCUCGCUGAGCUGGAAAAACAAGCCGCCCAGCGCCCAAGCAGUGGUCCCGGUACUCCACGUUUAUCCGCGGAUAAAAGCCGCUCAGCGACCCGGUCUCCUCGCCUCAGUGCGACCAUCGAGCGAAGCAGCGAGGAUAAGACCCGACUAUCGACGGAGGCCUCCCGCGCGGGCGCUAAGCAGGAGCAACAGAAGCAAGAAGCUGAAAAUGCGGCUGCCCAGGAGCAGGAGCAGGGCGGUGGAUGGUGGGGAGGCUUCUUCGCUACAGCAAGUGCUGCCAUGAAGCAGGCUGAGGCUGCAGUCAAGGAGAUCCAGAAAAACGAGGAAGCCCAGCGAUGGGCGCAGCAAGUCAAGGGCAACGUCGGCGCCCUGAGAGACUUUGGCGGCGAGCUUCGCAACAUGGCCAUCCCAACUUUCACCAACCUCAUCCACACCCUCGCUCCCCCGAUCUCCUCGCACGAACGCCUCCAAAUACACGUCACCCACGACCUAUCGGGCUACCCCGGCAUUGACCCGCUCGUCUACGCAGUGUUCUCACGGGUAAUGUCCCAAGUGGAAGGCGGCGACCUGCUCGUUAUCCAGCGGGGCCAAGAAUCCGCCCCGAAGCGCGGCCUCGACGUCGGCGGCUACAUUUCCAGCGCAGGCUGGAACGACGGGCCCUGGUGGCGCACAGUGACUCCCGGUACUCCUCGCACCAUCAGCGCAGUACGCGGAGCUACCGAGGCCUCCAAGCUAGCCCGCGCCAGCGCCGAGGGCUAUGCAUCAGAGUACUUCUCGUCGCGGGGCGGUAUCGAAGAAGCCGCGAAGCAAGCCAGCGAGGACCUGAGCGAGUCUAACCCUGUGCGUAGCAGCGACAUCUUCCUCGCCAUUCAGGCCAUCAGCCAGACUGUGUCGGACGAGCUCUUCAAGGCCGGCGCAUCGGCCGAGAACGCCGCGACCGGCAUCGUCGCCGCGCCCGACACCGACGAGGAAAUCGCCUUCGCACUGUACCUGCACGACCCCGUGCACGGCAUCGCCUUCCACACCAUUUCGCAGAGCGUGCCGGCGAAAUGGAUCGAAUGGCUCGAUGCGUCGGCGCCGGCGACCGAGAACCCGGAUUCCGACGAUGCGGAUAUCCCGCGCGCGGUCGUCCCCGAGGCUAUUGCUGAGAUCAUCGAGAGCGGCGGUGUCGACCCCCGCGAGUGGGUCGCCGAGUGGGUGGAGGAGACGCUAUCGCUGGCAGCGGGGGUUGUUGCGCAGCGCUAUGUCGCGCGUCGUAUGGGCGUUGGCGAGGGCGGUUUUGGUAAGGGCAAGAUGCGGGCUGAGCCGGCGUCGACGGUGGAAAGCGGUGCUGGGGAGGCGGCGCGUGCGAUCUAG